UAAAUUCCUGUCCAAGAACUUCCCAAAAGAUUUACGUUUUGUAAGAGAACUGUUGAAAAGCCAAAAACGUGGAAAGAAUUCUAUUAACGACACCGCCAGUGUACAGAGCUGUACUGUUUGCAUGCGUUCAUAAUUGAUCCGUCACGGAAUGAAGGCUUGUGUGCCAAAACUUUACCGGCCCCCUCCCCGAUAUCUCCCGAUCGGUCCCUGCUGAAUUUAGGGUCGGCUGAUUAUCGGUUUGACCGCGGCGGCCACGCUGAGAGGACUCGGGGAAAUGACUGCCUGGUCCCCGGGUGUAAACAGACCGGUCCGGCGGGGCCAGGUAGGGGGAAGCCCGCGCAAACAAUGGCCGGAGUGAACUCUCACGAGACGAGGACGUUACAGGGGGCACGAGCUCGGGAACUAUUCCGUUGAUAGGAUUUUGUGUUGUCGGUCACUCCUAGGACUCCUUGUGCUUACGUCUGGAUUUCGGAAGUAGCCAAGAAGAUCCAAGAAGCCAGGACCGGGAGGACAGAUAUACUUGAGACGUCUGGGUUUUAUUUUCCCCCACCAGUUGAUAAGCACUCGUUUACACACAGGACAAUAGAGACAGCGCGGAGGCAUCCAUAACAGGCACUCGGGAUCUUUAUUUGCGAGGCCCGCUCUGAUCCAUAAGAAUGUGUGUCGUGUACAGUACGGAUCAUCGGAAACAGCAGGCAGCGGACUGGAGGGCCAAGGAGACCAGAGGGGUCAGUACUGAACAACGUCUCAGUUUGGCAACGUCGUGUUCAGACCUUUCAUUUGAACUCAACCUGAACACUCAGGUCAUUUACUAAAACGUACAACAGGGGACGAUCUUUUCUCUCAAGUUGGAUUCGUGUUGGAAUGCUUCAGAGUCGAGAGACCCACAGACUACAUAUGGUAAACGUACGACGGAAUCCUGUGGACUCACCGUGCCAUUUUGAACAGAUGGCGAUAAAGAAGUCGAUGGCCAAAGGUUUAGAAACUGCGUGUGUUCUAUUUUGUACAAGAGGGAACACCCCGACCUUACUUCAUUAGCUUGUGCGUGCGGAGGAAGGGUUUUAUAUUAAUCCUGAACUCUUGUGUGAUCGGCAGCCGCGUUGUUCUGAACACAGCCGUCCUUCCGUCAGACCAGGCCAGGCUAGGUCAUUACUGGCUAGUCUCGCUGUCUAAGCUUGUUAGCGGCUACAGACCGGCAGUACGGGGCACAGUUCACAUCCACGUGAGUCAGAGGUAGGAUUAGGAACAGGCCGAAAACGGAUGUGGAGUUUGUACUGCGCUCCAACCCUGAGGGAUAAUUUGUCUACCCAACCAGGGGUAAUGGUGCGUUUUGAGCGGCAAAUUUAGCUGUCUAAACAAACGUCUGGGAUGCUAUCUUCUCAUCUCUUCAAAUUUGCCCUCAAGCUUGCUCUAACGUCGUCGGCAAGUGCUUUCUUAUUGGCUACCUCGGCUUUAUUUCCGUCGCGUUUUAUCUAUUACAAUAACGUGAACAUGAGAGGUACUAGGUAAACGUGCUAUGUAAGAACAAGAUGCACAUCCUGGCUGUUGUUAUGGCUGUUUUAAACGUUCUAGUAGCGACCAGGAGAGGGCGGGCGUCGGACGAUGUUACGGACGAGUCGUCAGGACAGGCCACGGGCGCGUGGACGUACUGGGGAGAGGCGAACGGGAACAGACUUUACAGUAGCGAGUCGGAACACAGCUGCGGGUACAUGGUCGUGGUGCCUCGGGAGGAGGCGCAGACGUGCCCGAGCGUCGCGCCCGAGUGGCACGAUGUCUGGUCACGAGACGAGCCCGACAGUAGUAGAAAGUCCUUAGUGGAAAACAAAGGUCGUCAACAACGUGAGGUUCAAAUGUUUGCCGCCGACGAUGAAUCGUUAGAACACGAGGUUACAGAAUACAGGCGGAGGCACUCCGGACGUCACGGCCGACACGACGACUAUAACGACCGUACACGAGAACAGCCGAACAUCGACGGAGACUACUCCGACGUCGAUGACAGUGACGAUGACGAAGACAGCGAAGCUGAUCAAUUUAAUUUUUCGUCUGAAGAAUACACAGAAAACAAGCACGUAUUUUCUGGCAGUGGCGAAAGCGAGCGGAUACAUUCUCGUCGGAAUGUUGACACAAUUGAUAGUCUAAGGGAACAACGCCAAAUUCGGGUGAACCAGACCUUACGCGUCCUCAUCUUAGAAAACGAACUCCUUAAGGAGAGAAUCCACGCCAAAGCGUUAGAGAUGCAGUUGCUAGACGGGAGACUACAGGCAGAGUUUCACCGGGCCGAGGAGCAAAUCCCGGCGGAUGGACAAGGUGAUGGCUCCCGAGCAGGCAGGUGGGAAAGAUACGCUGGUCCACAGGAGGCCCGCGGUCGGACCAGAAAAGAACCGUUGUGGCAGAAGGACACUGUCGGCGUCCUGUGGACUGGUGCCAAGGCAGAGCGACUCAGCAACACCAUCUUUCGGCAGCGGGCGGAAAUACAGGCUAAACAGGCGAAAAUAUCAAAACAACAGGAGAAGUUGACCAAUAUGAUACAGGAGGCAGUGACGCAGGCGCAGUUGCUGGCACACAGUGACGUAUGUAAUGAGUGCACCAAUACUGAGUACUGUCACAUCAUGCGUGAUGACGCAGCGUGCGUGCCGUGUAGUGUCUGUCCUAAGGGUUACGUCACCAAAUCACAGUGCACACAAACGACUGACGUCAUCUGCAAAGAUGAAGAUGAGUGCGCGACCCGCCCGCCUGUCUGUCCGACUCACACCAUGUGUCUGAACCUACCUGGUUCUUUUCUCUGUGUGGCGCCGAUAAAGCUUUGUCCUAGCGGGAACUUCUUCAACACACAGACACAUAAAUGUCAAAGGUAA